AUGACCUCAGCACAACUUCCUUCCUCAGCAUCUCUCGCGUCUCUCGCAGACCCCCCAACGCGUCAGAUAGAUGGCGCAGCCAUGGAAUAUUUCCUCGUUGAGAUGGUAGCUACCCUCCGAGAGUCUGCAGCUGUGGCCACCGCUCGCCAGAAGAAGAUCGAAGUCGAAAUGACCGAAGCUGGCUUAAUCCCACCGCCUGCACCAGUACCAUCAUCCUUGAAGAAGGACAACGCGAGAGAUUCGGUUACGAGUCUUGUGUCAUCAAAAGCGGGGAAGGGAACCCUUGAUGAUGAGGAGGAGCCUGUACGGCAGAGGUUAGAGGUGAUUGGAUUGCACGUCGGCGCUAAUUUCUCUGAACGGCUAUGUCGAGAUCGAGCGAUGUUCUCGGAAACACUCGAUGUUAUUAAAUUCGUCUGCAAGGACGUCUGGGCUGCCUGUUGGGAUAAGCAGGUCGACAACCUGCGGACAAACCACAGAGGUGUAUACGUUCUUCAAGACAACGCGUUCAAACCCAUAACACGUCUGUCCUCUUGGGAAUCUCGAGCAGACGCCAUGAAGCGGGCCAGAAUAUAUGCAGCAAUGCCAGCAGGCAUUAUACGCGGCGUGUUAUCGAGACUAGGGUACCAAGCAUCCGUCAUCCCAGAAAUCACGUCAAUGCCUCAGUGUACAUUCCAGGUUAAACUACCCAAAGGAUCAUAG